UCUGCCUGUCAUUCAGACCCUAACAAUCAAACACAGAAAUGCGACCUGCCGUCCAGUUUCUGUUGACGUGGUAACUGUUAUCAGUCUGUGUGGGAAAUCUCCAGAUAUUCAUGAAGAGAAGUUAGCAAAACAGUGCUAUUAAAAGGGAGAAGUCAUGCUGGACUUUGCCAUAUUUGCUGUCACGUUUGUCAUCAUUUUGGUUGGCGCUGUUCUCUAUUUGUACCCGUCAUCCAGAAGGGCCUCUGGUAUACCAGGCCUCAAUCCUACUGAUGAGAAGGAUGGGAACCUGCAGGACAUCGUGAACAGAGGCAGUCUGCAUGAGUUCCUGGUCAGUCUGCAUCUGCGGUUUGGCUCCGUGGCCUCCUUCUGGUUCGGGGGUCGCCCCGUGGUCAGCCUGGGGUCCGUGCUCCAGCUCCAGCAACACAUCAACCCCAACCACAGCACUGACUCCUUUGAGACGAUGCUGAAGUCUCUGCUGGGCUACCAGUCAGGAACGGGAGGCGGGGCCACAGAGAGCGUGAUAAGGAAGAAGGUUUACGAGAGUGCCAUCAACAACACGGUGGAGAAGAACUUCCCCCUGGUGCUAAGGCUGGUGGAGGAGCUGGUGGGGAAGUGGACGUCCGCCCCGGAGGCUCAGCACACCCCUCUGUGUGCCCACCUGCUGGGGCUGGCCAUGAAGACCGUCACCCAGCUGGCUCUGGGCGAGACGUUCAGGGACGACUCCGAGGUCCUCUCCUUCCGCAAGAACCACGACGCGAUCUGGUCAGAAAUUGGAAAAGGGUACUUGGACGGCUCCCUUGAGAAAAGCUCCAGCAGGAAAGCACAUUAUGAGAAGGCUCUGUCAGAGAUGCAGUCCGUGCUGCUGUCGGUGGCGAAGGACAGGAAGGCUCAGAGGAAGCAGACGGCGUUUGUGGACGCUCUGCUUCAGUCCAGCCUCACAGAGCGACAGAUCAUGGAGGACUGCAUGGUUUUCACUUUGGCUGGAUCUGUCAUCACUGCCAACUUGUGUAUCUGGGCACUUCACUUCCUGUCCACCUCGGAGGACGUUCAGGACAAACUGUGCCAGGAGCUGGAGCAGGUUUUGGGUUCAGACCCCAUUUCAUUAGACAAGAUCCCUGAGCUGAGAUACUGCCAGCAGGUCCUGAACGAGACGGUGAGGACCGCCAAGCUGACCCCCGUCGCUGCGAGGCUGCAGGAAGUGGAGGGCAAGGUGGAUCAGCAUGUCAUCCCCAAAGAGACUUUGGUCAUCUACGCUUUGGGAGUCGUCCUUCAGGAUUCUGACACGUGGAGCACCCCAUACAGGUUUGACCCGGAUCGAUUUGAGGAGGAAUCGGCGAGGAAGAGCUUCUGUCUUCUCGGAUUCUCAGGGAAUCAAACAUGUCCGGAACUCAGGUUUGCCUACACUGUGGCUACUGUCCUGCUCAGUACGUUGGUGCGGCAGCUGAAGCUUCACCCUCUGAAGGGGCAGGUGGUGGAUGUGAGAUCUGAGCUGGUAUCCACGCCUAAAGAAGAAACCUGGAUCACCGUCAGCAGAAGAAAGCAAAAAUAAUCGCUGAAAAGGGCUAUUUCUAACACACGUCUUGAUCAGAAUAAAUCAACUGCUAUGGUAUUUCUUGAAUGUCGCAGAUCUAGUCUGUCAUUUUCCUCAUUCACGUCAGCCUUUUUAACAACACCAUGGUAGUUUACACUUUUUUAAUUAAAGCCUUCUUUAGAAUCAUUAUUGCAGGUUAUUCCGAACUUGCCAGAAUUGUUUUAUGUACAGUCAUCGUUGCACCACCAUUGCAUUUACAUACUUGUCUUUCCCGUGCUCUUUUUGUACAGCAAUCUGAGGCCUUAAGCACAUUAGUACCUUGUCUAUCCACAGGUCAAAUUUACACUUGUUCAAAUGUGUUAAAGUGGGGGGAACUUGAUGGUUUCAUACUCUAUGGAGAAAAACAACUUGUUCUUGCAAAGGUUUUUCUAUAGUUCCUAAUACUGCCUUGAAAAUCCCCAAUAACAUGUUUGUCUUUUGAUAUGGCCCAUGUAGCAUUUCAUUUCUUUUUUAAACAAAUGCAUCUUGAAUAUUAAUAAAUAUAUUAAAAGAU